AUGUCUUUUGGAGCGCCUCACUCGAGGCACUCGCCAAAGAGGAGAAAAUUAAGUCAUAGCUCAAACGGAUCUGCUGACGGAGAGCGCGACGAUGGCAGUACAGCAAAAGGCCAUACAGUGUUAAAGAAGCCCAAGAACAAAGCCAUCAGCAUACCGGCUAAUGGAACAAACAAAUCAUCCAUCCUGGCUUUGCAAGUCGCAGACUUGAUUGCAGAAGCCACACCAAACUAUGAUCGAUCGAAUGCCAAAUGGACGGGAGUCUCCAACAGGCUGCAAAGUAUCAUCAAGCGUAUCAAGCCACGCUCCCCAGUGUCUGCGCUUGACGCUGUAAAGUCUCUCCGCAAGGAGAGCAUCAGGAUACCGUUUUCCGAACCACGACCUUCAAAGGACACCAAGUACAAGUUCGAGUUCACGGCCCCAGAAGAAAUUGUGGUCGGCGGGGCAUUGUCGCUGAAGUUGAGCGUCAAUGGCGACAAUGUGGUUCAGCUUACAACUAUAAUGCCACCCGAAUUACUCCAGGAGAAGGACUAUCUCAACAACCGUGCACCUCAAAAAGCUGCUUAUUAUCUGGCUUGCAUUGCUGCCGGUGUCAAAGAAGCUGCAGGCUCAGAAUUCGAGAUGUCCUUCGCUUAUCUCCACGGGGUAGAUUAUCUCCCUGUUCUGAGUCUGGCGCCCAAAGACAAAUCCUUGUCAAAAGUCAAGCUCCACGUGGCAGCGGGCUUUCCAAAUGACUCAAUACCGAUAGCAAAGACACUACCAUCAAAGAACAAUCUCAGACACGACACAAGUGAUUCGUUGGAGACCCCGACGCCGUUCUACAACAGCAGCAUACGGUACGCAGCGUCAACAAGUACUUUCAGCGAGAUGAUCAGGGCCGCAAAGAGCGCUUCAUUCGAUGACGCGUGCCGACUAGGGCAAGUCUGGCUACAGAGACUGGGCUUUGGCAGCUCGAUUGAAUCCGGUGGCUUCGGAUUCCUCGAGUGGAGUGUGACCUGUGCCUUGUUUCUUCGGACGGGGGGUCAUCGAGGUCUCCCCUUAUUUUCAAAACAGUACAGCAGUCUGCAAUUCUUCAAGGCGAUGCUUCAGAUUCUUGCGACUCGAGACUUUCGCGACCCAAUGAUUCUUAACGACGCAUCUAUCAGUAUACCAAAAUCAGAGGCACCGGUUCUUUUCGAUGCCAACACAGGUGUCAAUAUCCUGUACAAGAUGACCCCAUGGUCCUACCAAACUCUCCAACAUCAUGCUCGGGUUUCUUUGGCCGCAGUCAAUGCGCGGAACCAGGACAACUUUGAUGAGACAUUUGUUCUCAACACGGUUAUCCCUGUCGUUCAGUACGACGAGAUUUUCCGCGUCACGAUCCCUGCAAAGAACAUCGCCACGACUACAGAACUGCGCCAGCAUCUGUCGAAGAUGCACAGCAUUCUAGUGCGCGGUCUGGGGGACCGCGUGAGCCUCGCCAAUUUCAGCUUCCUGGUGGCUACGGACUGGCCGUUGAACCACGAUCCUGCCUCUACAAAUGGUGAUCUAGAUAUAGAAGUCCAACUCCUCACCAAUCCUGAUGCUGUGGCACGCCUUGUCGACCAUGGGCCUUCUGCCGAUGAACAAGAUCUGGCCGCAGAAUACCGAGCGUUCUGGGGGGAAAAGGCCGAACUCCGUCGAUUCAAAGACGGCUCAAUAUCCGAAGCACUCGUCUGGAAGCCAUCGAUACCCGUCACGCAUCAAAUUAUUUCCCAUCUCCUCGGUUUACAUUUCAAGCUUCCGCCGAGCUCCAUCUCUUCUCUCACACCGAGUCUCGAUGCGGUGUUCCUCCCUGAUGAAUCCAACCUUGGGCCAAAGGACGCAUUUCGCGUUAUCAGCAACGCUUUCCAGACACUCAGCUCAACGCUUCACCACCUCCAAGACUUACCGUUGCCAAUUCGCUCUAUUUCUCCGACUGAUACUGCGCUACGAUCCGCUAGUGUAGGCAACCCUCUUCUCCCGUCCACAGCCAAGCCAAUCGACUUUCUCAUACAAUUCGACAGUUCGACGCGCUGGCCGGAUUCCCUGCCUGCCAUACAGCACACAAAGAUUGCUUUCCUGCUUAAACUAGGCGAACUUCUCAUUGCCCAGGACUCCAGCCUGACGACGCGUGUGGGUCUCGAGAACACACCCUCGGCCACCACAGGCUACCUCAAUACCUCUUUCUUGGACAUCAUAUAUCCCUCUCAAGCACCUGGUCUGAGCGGGAUCUGCUUCCGUGCGAGGAUCUUACAUGAUCGCGAGCUGCAUCUUCUUCAGACCGCAUUGGCUGAUAAGAGUCUUCAUGGUAGCGCAAGGGACGAGCUCGCCUCGGCGUUGAUUGUGUACAAGCGAGAGUUUCUCGCGAAAAGUGCGCACACGAGCGCGGUACGGGCUCUUUGUGCCCGCUUUGCUGCUCUCUCGGGUACGAUGAGACUCCUGAAGCGUUGGGUCGCGAAGCAUUUGUUGCUCGGCGACGGCCACGUGCCGGAGGAAGUGCUCGAGGUCAUCGCGGCGAGCGUGUUCGUGACACCGGCACCCUGGAGUGUGCCAGGAAAUGCGACGACGGGGUUUCUGAGGGCUUUAAGCCGGAUUUCAUGGUGGGACUGGAGUUCGCGACCGCUACUUGUGGAUUUGGGACUCGCGCAGGACUGGACAAAGGAGAGCAUCGACGCCGUCAAAACCAGGUACGAGGCAUGGAGGAAGCUGGACCCCGCUUUGAACAGCGUGGUCUGGUUCGUGGGGACCAACGUGGACGAGACAGGCGUCGUGUGGACACAGGGCGGGAGACCGACGAAGGUGGUGGGCAGUCGCCUGACCGCCCUGGCGAGAGCAGCCGUGGGGGUGCUUGAAAGCAAAGGCACAGGCAUGGGCGGGGACGAUUGGACGGGACUGUUCGAGAGUCCGCUCGGAGACUUUGAUUUCGUCAUUCACGUCAAGCCUGGAGUGGUGAAGGGGGUUCCCGAGAAGACGACGGCCAAGGGCAAAGGCAAGAAGGCACUUCUGAACGGAGCGGGAGGCGACUUCAAGAAUUUGCAGAUCGCAGACGCCUUGGACUCUGAGAGCCUGGGAUACGACCCCGUUGAUCUGUUCGUGCAAGACCUCAACUUCGCCUUCGGUGCGAGCGCCGUGUUCUUCCACGACCGAUACGGGUCCAAGGUCAUCGCGGGCCUGUGGAAGCCGAGUGUCUUGGGACGAAGGGAAUGGCGGGUGAGACUGGGGUGGUCGAGCGUACCUGUGCCUGGUGCUGAUGAUGACGGGGACGACGAAGGACGGAAGAGCAUGUGCGUCCUCAAUAAAGAUGGUAUUCUUGGCGAGAUUGCCAUGCUAGGAGAAGGAGUUGUCAAGGAUAUUACUACCAAAGAGUAA